CUAGCAAGAUCGUUUCGCGAAUUUUCGCUGUAUCCACGCAGCCUGGCCUGUCAUUGGACGCAGCAAAAUCGGGGGUGAAAAUAGCAAUUUCCAUUUUUAAUUCAUUUGCUCCGUUAUAUAUAUAACUGAUCGCAGGCUGGCCUUCCCCGCACCGUUCCCUUUCGCAAUUUCAAUUCAAUUCGAUUCUUCUCUCUCUCUCUCUCUCUCGCUAGCUCUCUGGUUCUCUCUGUGAACUCUAAUGGCGAAGAGCAUCUUGGUCACUGGAGGAGCUGGUUACAUCGGGAGCCACACGGUUCUUCAGCUGUUGCUCGGAGGAUACAACGCCGUCGUUGUCGACAACCUCGACAACGCCUCGGAAGUAGCCGUCCAGCGAGUCAAAGAGCUCGCCGGUGAAUCCGGGGAAAACCUUGUCUUCCACAAGAUGGACCUCCGUGACAAACCGGCUCUUGAAAAUCUCUUUGCUUCAACACAAUUUGAUGCUGUCAUUCACUUUGCUGGAUUGAAAGCAGUUGGUGAAAGUGUGCAGAAACCAUUGCUUUAUUAUAACAAUAACAUUGCUGGCACAAUCACUCUGCUGGAAGUUAUGGCUGCCUAUGGAUGCAAAAAGCUUGUAUUUUCAUCAUCAGCCACUGUUUAUGGUUGGCCAAAGGAGGUUCCAUGCACAGAAGACUUCCCUCUACAAGCAACAAAUCCAUAUGGACGAACCAAGCUUUUCAUUGAAGAGAUAUGUCGUGAUAUCUUCCAUUCAGAUCCUGAAUGGAAAAUUAUAUUGCUGAGAUACUUCAAUCCAGUGGGUGCCCAUCCUAGUGGCUAUAUUGGUGAGGAUCCCCGUGGAAUCCCAAACAACCUUAUGCCAUUUGUGCAGCAAGUAGCUGUUGGAAGGCGACCUGCACUGACAGUUUAUGGAAAUGACUACUCUACAGUUGAUGGUACUGGGGUACGUGAUUACAUUCAUGUCAUUGAUUUGGCUGAUGGGCACAUUGCUGCGGUGCAAAAGCUGGAGGAUGAAAAAAUUGGUUGUGAAGUGUACAACUUGGGAACAGGGAAGGGAACAUCUGUUCUGGAGAUGGUUGCAUCUUUUGAGAAAGCAUCUGGAAAGAAAAUUCCUCUGGUUAUGGCUGGGCGGCGACCUGGUGAUGCUGAGAUUGUUUAUGCAUCAACAGACAAGGCAGAAGACGAGUUGAAUUGGAGGGCAAAAUAUGGCAUCGAUGAGAUGAGUCGGGAUCAAUGGAAUUGGGCUAGCAAGAAUCCUUAUGGCUAUGGGUUGCCUGAUUCAACAGACUGAAAAGCAAAAUAGAACUGCACCGACUGCGGAGCAAGAACCCGUUUUGGCUCGUGACCUGAAUCACUGACUAAAACAACAUUUUAGGCUAGUUUACCAGGCUCUCAAUUCUUCAUAUGCUUAAUUAUCACAUUUUUUAGGUUAGGUCUUCCAUGAUUUAGCUAGGAGUUGAUCAUCAUUGUGGGUAGGUAGUGUCGUUCAGAAUGAGGCAUACGAUUUAGCUAGGAGUUGAUCAUCAUUGUGGGUAGGUAGUGUCAUUCAGAAUGAGGCAUUCCUCCUGUUAGGUUGCUCUCUUUAACCAAGUGGUAUACUGGGCUGCAUGUUCCACAGAAAGAUGUAUUUAUAGGGUGCUACUGGUAAAGAAAGAAAAAAAAAAAAACAGUACUUAUGUAAAGCUGAGGUUGACCUCAUGCAGCUGCAAUAGGUAUUUAUUUCUAAAUUAAGAAUAAAGUUGUUCACAAAUUUUACCUGAA